GACCUGGACUCCAGUCUGCUGCAGCACCAUCUGCACUGGGCUCCUCUAUACAAAUUCCUUUAGAUGCCAGUGUGCCACAGCUUGCCCAUGGGACUACUCCUGGCCAGUGUUAUGUCUACUCCCAGCUGACUGCACCUCUGUCAAUUUUGAACUUUUCUUCUGAUUUCUUGGAGGGAUCUCAGCAGCCUGUUGAUAGACUCCAAUCAUGAAUAAUAUCUCAGCGCAGAAUGAAUCAGCCCUGAAUGCCACUAUAGGGAAUGGCACCGAAAUGAACCAGUUCAUACAGCCGCCCUGGCAGAUAGCCCUCUGGGCUGUAGCCUAUUCCAUUAUGGUCAUCGUGUCUGUGGUGGGGAAUAUCAUUGUCAUGUGGAUCAUACUAGCCCACAAGAGAAUGAGGACUGUCACCAACUAUUUCCUGGUCAACUUGGCUUUCGCUGAAGCCUCCAUGUCAGCCUUCAACACAGUCAUCAACUUCACCUAUGCCAUCCACAACCAAUGGUACUAUGGGCUCAUCUACUGCAAGUUCCACAACUUCUUCCCUAUAUCUGCCGUCUUCACCAGCAUAUACUCCAUGACAGCCAUUGCCCUGGAGAGGUAUAUGGCCAUCAUCCACCCCCUGAAACCAAGACUAUCAGCCACCGCCACCAAGAUAGUCAUCUGCGUGAUCUGGAGCUUCUCCUUCUGUAUGGCAUUUCCCAUGGGGUACUACGCAGAUGCCAUCCCUAUUCAGGGACGGGAUAUCUGCUAUCUCAACUGGCCCGAAUCUGAGGGGAAGAGCAAGUAUGGACAAGCGUACCAGAUAUUGGUCUUCUGCCUUAUCUACAUACUGCCUCUGUUGGUAAUAGGGUGUGCUUACACUUUCAUUGGUAUGACCUUGUGGGCCAGUGAAAUCCCGGGAGAUUCCUCAGACCGCUACCAUGAGCAGGUGGUAGCCAAACGUAAGGUGGUGAAGAUGAUGAUCGUGGUAGUUUGCACGUUUGCAAUUUGCUGGCUGCCAUUUCAUAUUUUCUUCUUGCUACAGACAAUUGAAAUGAACCAUGACCAAAAGAUCUACCAGCAACUUUAUUUGGCCAUUAUGUGGCUCGCCAUGAGCUCCACCAUGUACAACCCCAUCAUUUACUGUUGUCUGAAUGACAGGUUCCGCAUUGGCUUUAAGCAUGUGUUUCGAUGGUGCCCAUUUAUCCGUGCGGGUGAGUAUGAAGGGCUGGAAAUGAAAUCCACACGCUACCUGCAAACCCAGAGCAGUAUGUACAAAAUCAGUCGUAUUGAAACCACCGUCUCGUCUGUCCUAAACGCCACCGAUGAAGAAGCGGAGGAGAACGGGAAGAGUAACAAGCGUCUCUCCUUGGACCUCACUUCCAACGGCUCCUCUCGCAGUGUCUGUAAGACCAUGUCUGACUCAUCCAGCUUCUACUCCAACAACCUUCCAUAAAGUCAUGCCCCCUUUGACAUCAGGAUUGUCCUAGUCCGUACCAUGGUCAGAAUUUCAUUAGGCUGCUUGACCCCUUGUUUGGGGUGGAGGGGCUUUUUAAAAAACAUUUUCCCAGGAUACCAGAGAAAGAAAUUUUGUUUACGAUUUCAGGGUUCUUUGUUGUUUUGUUCAUCCUGAUAAUCAGAGAUGUUUACAACCUAAAAGUUUUAAUCAUUUUUAGAUGUCUUUACAGUUUGCUCUUGGGUAAGAACUGUAUAUGACCCAGGAGACACUGCCCCUUUAUUACAUAAUCUGCAGGAUUGUGACAUGUUUACACUGUUAUUUCCAGUCUUUUCCUUUUUUACUUAAAGUGUACCUGUCAUGAUGGACAAUGCAAGCAGCCAUUUUAUGGGCUGAACAAACAGAUAACCUAUAAGAACCCCUGACAUAAUGGCAGCAUCGGGUGAAGCAAUAGCCUUCAUUAAUGGAAAUGAUGGCCUAGUUCAUGAAAUGGCAGCCUUCAUUGGGACAGCAGGUACACUUUAAAAUGCCAUUCCAAAAAUAGACAGGUCUAUUACGAAUUCCUACAAUAUAUAGAAACUGAAAUAUGUGCUGCUCAGGGAGUUGCCAGUGUUCAUCGAUCAGUAUAAAAAGAAUCCUUAAGUA